CGCGCUGCCCGACGGGAGCUGCCGUCCGGCUGCCGUCCCGCGGCGGCCGCACGUGCGCGCGGUGCGGAGCGGCGCCGCCAUGCCUAAAGUAAAGGGAAAGAAGCGGCCGCGGCAGCAGCUCCAGGAGGGCCGCGCCAACGGUAUCUUAUUCAACACCGGCGCCGGGCAGCACAUCCUGAAGAACCCCCUCGUCGUCAACAGCAUCAUCGAAAAGGCUGCAUUGAGGCGUACAGAUGUUGUUCUAGAAGUAGGCCCUGGAACUGGUAACCUGACUGUAAAGAUGCUAGAGAAAGUGAAAAAAGUUAUUGCUUGUGAAAUUGAUCCCAGACUUGUGGGUGAACUUCAGAAAAGAGUCCAAGGCACGUGUCUGGCAAACAAACUUGAAAUCAAAGUUGGAGAUGUCUUGAAAACAGACUUACCAUUUUUUGAUGCAUGUGUAGCCAACUUGCCUUACCAGAUUUCUUCACCAUUUGUUUUCAAGUUAUUGCUUCAUAGACCCUUUUUCAGGUGUGCAAUACUUAUGUUUCAAAGAGAAUUUGCACUUCGUUUGGUUGCAAAACCAGGAAGUAAGCUGUACUGCAGACUUUCUAUUAAUACUCAGUUAUUAGCUCGAGUGGACCAUCUGAUGAAGGUUGGAAAAAACAACUUCAAGCCACCUCCUAAAGUUGAAUCCAGUGUUGUCAGAAUAGAGCCAAAGAACCCACCACCGCCCAUCAACUUCCAGGAAUGGGAUGGUCUGGUAAGGAUAGCCUUUGUUAGGAAAAACAAGACCCUCUCUGCAGCCUUCAAGUCAAGUGCUGUAGAGCAGUUGCUGGAUCACAACUACCGAAUUCAUUGUUCCUUACAUAAUGCAGAAAUACCUGAAAAUUUCAAAAUUUCAGAGAAAAUACAGACAGUCCUAAAAGAUACAGGUUACUCUGAAAAACGAGCCCGCUCCAUGGAUAUAGAUGAUUUCAUUCGACUCUUGCAUGGCUUCAACUCAGAAGGCAUCCAUUUCUCGUAGACUUUACCAGAAGAGUGAAAGAUCUUCUGUACUUAUUCUGUAAGCCUUAUCUAAUCCCACGUGACUGAAAAGGGAGAAGCUCUUCUCACAAAAGCAGCAGAAUACAGCGUUCACAUUUUGAUUCCCAUUGAGAAUAAGAUGUGCUAUUUUAUCACAGACAACAGAAGAGGAGAUACUACUCCAUAUUUUAAAUGCAUUCAGUUCGUUCAUGGCUGAAGAGCUGGACUUCGACACAAAACUGUAUUUUUCAGUAUACUCAAUGACACGGGGAUUGAUACUGCCAUAACUUAAGUCUGUAUUCUCUGAUCAUGAACUUCAUCUCAGUAUAUUCCUACAAUACGGUAGAAUCUGAUCUGGCAACAAAAAUGGAUAUGUAGUAAUUCCAGUUAAAUGCUUCCUUUUGAUUUGAAAUGACCACGUCUUCCAUUUGUCCUCCAGGAACCAAUGGCAUUCCAAGUCUGUUAGCAACUUAGUACUGUUAAGAAAAUCCCAUUAAGUGUUUUUCAGAAACAAGA